GCGGCCGCCAUUUUGAGAUUUACUUGAGACUCAACACAUCACAAACCACGAACCACGGGAGGAGCUGAGAGCUGCUUAUGCUAACGCUGUAGACCGGGCACAAUACUUUAACAAACAACAGAUCCGCUACAAACGCAACAAGCUGCAGCAUUUGCGUGUUUACUGUGUUAGGACGCAGUGGGGAUUUGUUUAAAUUCAGGCCGCGAACUUCAGCAUUAACGUUUGUGUUUCUCCGUGUUGGAAACUGGAUUGAAUGGAUAGCUUUUCCCUGCGCUCUGCCCCAGACGAGGGACAAUUGGAGGAACGUACGGACUGGGCAUACUGCAGGCAAAGUUGUUAAAUAUCAAUAGCAAAUGAGCCGUUGUUUUGAUUGUUGUUGUACCAAUAUCACUAACUGGCUGCCUAGUGUCAGGUAGCUUAAGGUCUGCUAUAAACAGGGUGUUUGCUCAUCCAAUUGCAGGUCGUGUUUUAAAGUUAUCUCGUUGCCCCACAUUUCCCGGGGUAAAGCCUGACUGAUUUAGCUUAUUUCAGCGGGCCAGCCUCUGUGGUUCAACAGCAGCACCAUAUCGCCGUCAGACAGCAGUUUGCACCCACCAAAAGCGCCGAGAUUGGGCGAAUAGCGAGCAAAUACGUCCGCGUUUCUUUACCCGCUCCCCCGCCGACCUCCCCUCCUCACUCCCCGGCGCUGACAGCGGACAAGGCCGAGGGCGCAGCAGAGCAGGCCCGGCCGCCGAGGCUCGACCUGACUACCCCACCUCCGCAUCCUACCACACCUCACCAGCAGCAGCCAAAAACCCGAGCCACGGCCGAGCCCCCUUCGGACAACACCGAAGGAAACAAAGAUCAUCGAGAGCCUCGCACCAUCAGCACCGACACCGCCGCUGCCAACAUGAACCACCAUCACCACACGCAGCAGCAGAAAGCCGGCGAGCAGCAGCUCAGCGAGCCCGAGGACAUGGAGAUGGAAGCUGGGGACACCGAUGAGCCUCCAAGAAUCCCUGCCAACCCAGUGAUCAAUGGUAAUGUGGCAAUGGCAGAUGGACACAAUAACACAGAGGAGGACAUGGAGGAUGACACCAGCUGGCGCUCUGAGGCAACGUUUCGCUUUGUAGUGGAACGUUUCAGCCGGCUUAGUGAGUCGGUACUCAGCCCGUCCUGCUUCGUCCGAAACCUUCCAUGGAAAAUAAUGGUGAUGCCACGCUUCUAUCCUGACAGGCCACACCAAAAGAGUGUAGGCUUUUUCCUGCAAUGUAAUGCAGAGUCCGAUUCUACGUCGUGGUCAUGUCAUGCACAGGCCAUGCUGAAGAUUGUUCACUACAAAGAUGAUGAAAAGUCAUUUAGUCGUCGAAUCAGUCAUCUCUUCUUCCACAAAGAGAAUGAUUGGGGCUUCUCAAACUUCAUGUCCUGGAGUGAUGUGACUGACCCAGAAAGAGGUUUCAUUGAAGAUGACAAAGUCACUUUUGAAGUCUAUGUUCAGGCUGAUGCUCCUCACGGAGUCGCCUGGGACUCCAAGAAACACACAGGCUAUGUUGGGCUCAAAAACCAAGGAGCUACAUGCUAUAUGAAUAGUCUGUUACAAACCCUCUUUUUCACUAAUCAACUAAGACGGGCGGUGUACAUGAUGCCCACAGAGGGCGAUGACUCGUCCAAGAGUGUGCCCCUGGCCUUACAGAGGGUUUUCUAUGAGUUGCAACAUAGCGACAAACCUGUUGGCACCAAGAAACUCACAAAGUCCUUCGGUUGGGAAACACUUGACAGCUUCAUGCAACAUGAUGUACAGGAACUGUGCAGAGUGCUCCUAGAUAAUGUGGAGAACAAAAUGAAAGGCACUUGUGUUGAGGGAACCAUCCCCAAGCUCUUCAGGGGGAAGAUGGUGUCAUAUAUCCAGUGUAAACAUGUAGACUACCGAUCAGAGAGAAUAGAAGACUACUAUGACAUUCAGCUUAGCAUCAAAGGAAAGAAAAACAUUUUUGAGUCUUUCAAAGACUAUGUUGCGACUGAACAGUUGGAUGGUGAUAAUAAAUAUGAUGCUGGGGAACAUGGACUUCAGGAAGCUGAAAAGGGAGUGAAGUUUCUUACCUUUCCCCCGAUCCUUCAUCUGCAGCUGAUGAGGUUCAUGUAUGACCCACAAACCGACCAAAACAUCAAGAUCAAUGACAGGUUUGAGUUUCCAGAUCAGUUGCCUCUAGAUGAGUUUCUUCAAAAGCCUGACUCCAAGGACCCAGCCAACUACAUCCUACACGCCGUGCUCGUGCACAGCGGCGACAACCAUGGAGGUCACUACGUCGUCUAUCUUAAUCCAAAAGGAGACGGCAAAGUGAGUCUCAAUGAACCAAUAUGGUGCAAGUUUGAUGAUGAUGUGGUUUCGCGGUGCACAAAGGAGGAAGCUAUUGAACAUAACUAUGGUGGCCAUGACGAUGACCUUUCAGUGCGCCAUUGCACCAAUGCAUACAUGUUGGUUUACAUCAGAGAGUCCAAGCUCAGUGAGGUUCUACAGCCCAUGACUGAUGUGGACAUCCCACAGCAGUUAGUGGAGCGUCUACAGGAGGAGAAAAGAGUGGAGGCUCAAAAGAGGAAGGAGCGUCAGGAGGCCCACCUGUAUAUGCAGGUCCAGAUGGUGACAGAAGACCAGUUCUGCGGCCACCAGGGCAAUGACAUGUAUGACGAGGAGAAGGUCAAGUACACAGUCUUCAAAGUCCUCAAGAGCUCCACUCUACAAGAAUUUGUCCAAAACUUGUCCCAGACCAUGGGUUUUCCACAAGACCAGAUGAGGCUUUGGCCAAUGCAAGCUCGGAGCAACGGGACCAAGCGGCCUGCCAUGCUCGACUAUGAGGCAGACUGCAACAAGUCUAUGAUUGAUUUGAGUGAUAAUGAGAAUCCUUGGACAAUAUUCCUGGAGACUGUGGACCCGGAGAUGGCUGCCAGUGGGGCUACAUUACCCAAGUUUGAUAAAGACCAUGAUGUCAUGUUAUUCUUGAAGAUGUACGACCCCAAAACCAGAAGCUUAAGUUAUUGUGGACAUAUCUACACACCUAUAUCCUGUAAAAUAAGAGACCUGCUGCCGGUCAUGUGUGAAAGGGCAGGCUUUCAGCAGGAAACUAGUCUUAUCCUCUAUGAGGAAGUAAAGCCCAAUCUAACAGAGCGAAUCCAGGACUAUGAUGUCUCUCUAGACAAGGCCCUGGACGAGCUCAUGGAUGGGGACAUCAUUGUCUUCCAGAAGGACGACCCAGAGAAUGACAGCAGUGAGCUGCCGACUGCAAAGGACUAUUUUCGAGAUCUGUAUCACCGAGUGGAUGUCAUCUUCUGUGACAAGACCAUUCACAAUGACCCUGGCUUUGUGGUCACACUCUCCAACCGCAUGAACUACUUUCAGGUGGCAAAGACCGUAGCCCAGAGGUUGAAUACAGAUCCCAUGCUGCUGCAGUUCUUCAAGUCACAGGGGUACAGGGACGGGCCAGGGAAUCCUCUCAGACACAACUAUGAGGGAACGUUACGGGAUCUGCUGCAAUUCUUCAAACCCCGGCAGCCCAAGAAACUCUACUACCAGCAGUUGAAGAUGAAGAUUACAGACUUUGAGAACAGGAGGAGUUUUAAAUGUAUAUGGCUCAACAGUCAAUUCAGAGAAGAGGAAAUCACUCUCUACCCUGACAAGCAUGGCUGUGUGCGGGACCUUUUGGAAGAAUGUAAAAAAGCCGUGGAGCUCUCAGAAAAGGGCUCUGAAAAGCUCAGGCUGCUCGAGAUAGUAAGCUAUAAAAUCAUAGGAGUUCACCAGGAGGAUGAGCUUCUAGAAUGUUUAUCUCCAGCUGCUAGUCGCACCUUCAGAAUAGAGGAAAUCCCCUUGGAUCAGGUGGACUUGGACAAGGACACUGAAAUGCUCAUUCCUGUUGCUCACUUCCACAAAGAGGUCUUUGGCACCUUCGGGAUCCCCUUCUUGCUAAAGAUUCGACAGGGAGAACCUUUCCGGGAGGUGAUGAGGAGGAUUCAGACAAUGCUAGACAUCCAGGAGAAAGAAUUUGAGAAGUUUAAGUUUGCCAUUGUGAUGAUGGGACGGCAUCAGUAUAUCACUGAAGAUGAGUACGAAGUGAACCUGAAGGACUUUGAACCACAGCCAGGUAACAUGUCCCACCCGCGGCCCUGGCUAGGGUUGGAUCAUUUCAACAAAGCUCCAAAGAGAGGGCGCUACACCUACCUGGAGAAAGCAAUCAAGAUCCACAACUAAGAACAGUCACCCUUUAUUUGUCCCUCACAUAGUCCUCCUGCUCCUCCCUACCUUCCUCAAGGCACCAUAACCACAGACUGUAACCAAGCGCGUGAAAGAGAGGAGAGAGUGAGUGCAUGAGUGUGCAGACUGAAUGUGUGCCCUUGAACGCCCCUCCCGCCUGGACACCUGGACAGCUCUACACCGGCACUUGGUCUUCAGCUAUAAGGAUGUUUGCUGCAGCUGAUGGAUUAUUCUACAACCACAAAAUAAACUGCACCAACCACCCCCCAGCUCACCAUUUUGACCAUUUCUUUUUUUUUACCGCCUGCCUCAGUUUUGGGGCACACAUCAGUUGUUUUGUGUGUUUUUUUUCUGGCUUCUACCUUGUUUUUUUGCCUGUCUGGAAGCGGGACAAAUGAAAUUGGAUUUUAUUAUAACAUACACCUGAAGAGAUGACGUGGAGCACAGUUUGAAAAUUGAAAUCUAUAUAAAUAUCUAUGUAAACUUCUAGGCUAGGGAUUCGUUUUCACCUCACCAGCUUUUUCCCUACAGAUUUUUGGGGUUGUUUUUAAUUUUCUUUUUCUUUUUUUUUUUUGGAAGAGGCAUUAUGCUGCUGUGUGGAGCUUGCUAGGAGGAUAUGUUGGGACAAAACAAAGGAUUAUGGGAUGGUAGAUUCUAAACGGGCUCUUUGAAAACUGUCUCAGACCACCUGUUUGAAAUGGCCAGCGUGGCUCGAUAGUUUGAAUGGCUUUUUCCUGCUCCAAUCCUUUAGUGACAAACAGUAUUUCCAUGUUGAAGCCACAUUUCUCUCACUUACUUUGGUUGCAGGAAUGAUUACUUUGUCUCUUUCUGCAGAUCUUGUAUAAUAAACCACCACAGCAUCUGUUUAAAAUAAAUGAGGAAAACAAAGGAAGAAAGUUUGUCUGUAUUUCAUCUUGCACAUUAGCACUUAUCAUAGAGGAUCGAGGUUUCUCAGGAUGUAGAGUGGGGUUGCUCCAGUACUUUGGAAAGAACAUGCACGGACGUAUUUGUCCUACUUGGGAAUUAUUGUCCCCUUUGUCAUUCCUCCUCUGAACUCCAAAACGUGCGCACACAAUAUUUUUCGUACCCACUGUACGUUUGUCUGUCUCCUGUCGUGAGUUUUGUCGCCCUUUGGUGGUUGGGAGCAGUAAUCCGCGCUGUUGUGCUUAGGUAGGGAGCUGCAGUUAACUAAUCGCCUAAAGGGGAUUGUGUAGAGACAAAACCAGCAUCGUAGGAAACACUUUUGGCCCUAUGAAUUCUGUUUUCUUUUAAAGCACAGAUGGAAUGCUCCCUAUUCGCUUGCUCUGUAAAGACAACAUUUAAAUUGUAUAUUUAAAAAUAUUAUCGUGUAAAAUUGCAGAGAAACACACGCCUUUGUUGUUGGGUACAGAAGGAGCCAGGUGUUCAUAUUUCUUGUGUGUAGGUUUUUUCCUUUUUCUUUUUGCGUUCCUGAUGUACCAUUAAUUAUUUUUUUCUGUUACAUUGGAUUUUACUUUUAACUGCAUUGGUUUUGUCUUGUUAAAAAGUGCAGUACAAAGAUGGCCUGCAGAAUCACAUCUUAAUUUGAUCUUUUCCGGUUAAAUUCCUCAGUGUAGCAGCAGUGUACGACAACUACUCCUGUAUAUUGCCUUUUUGCUGGAAAAUGUAUGUUGAAUAAAAUUUUCUAUAAAAAACUAAUUAUUAAACCUUAUUUUGCUGCUUGCCAAAA